CAGGUCAUCAGAGCAGAAAGAGGAAACCGUCUGAACCAGAACAAUCAAAAAACACCCAAGAGUUUACUUUGAGACAAGAGUCUCCUUUUCAGACACUGCUGACCGUUUUCACACCAGCGUUUAUGAACCAGUCAAAACAUGAAAAGAUGCCCGAGUUCACAGAACCGCAAGAAAAAGAGAGCCAAGAUGAUGAAGAUGAUGAAGAGGGACCUCUGCGACCUACUGGAUGAUUUAAAAGAUGAUGAAUUCAAGCAGUUCAAGUCGUCACUGAAGUAUGUAAACGAGGAUGACAUCCCACCCAUCACAGAGAGCCAGCUGGAGAAUGCAGAGAGGGGGGACGUGGUGGAUCUGAUGGUGCAGAAAUAUGAAUCUGAUGGAGCUGUGAAGGUGAUGAAGAGUGUUUUACAGAAGAUCAACAGGAAUGAUCUGGUGGAGAAGUUGUCAAACAUCAGCUCAGGAGCAGCAGCAGAAAGUGUUUUAGUGGAGGAGCAGCUGUCCUGCUGUUCUUUGUGUCAGGACGUCCUGAAGGAUCCAGUCUCUACCAGUUGUGGACACUGUUUCUGCAGACAGUGCAUCACCUCAUACUGGGACCAGUCUGCUUCAUCAGGAGACUCCUCCUGUCCCCAGUGUGCAGAAAUAUCCAGAACCAGACCUGGACUGCAGACAGACAGUCAGACCAGCACUGUACAAACAGAAAGUGGUCUGCAGGAGCUUUUAGAUGAACAUCAGAUCUGUCUGAGCAGCACAUGUGAAUGUGUGACUCAAGGAACUGAUGAAGCAGGAACUAAAACCUUCCUCAACAGCAUCUUCACUGAGCCCUACAUCACUGUGGGAAGGAGUAAUGAGGUUAAUACCCAACAUGAGGUGUGGCAGCUUGAAACAGCUUCCAAGAUGAAGACUCUCCAUGACGCUCCAAUCAAGUGUCAGGACAUCUUUAAAGUCUCACCUGACCAACAGAAACACAUCAGAGUGGUUCUGAUGAACGGCGUCGCUGGCGUUGGAAAAACCUUCUCAGUGCUGAAGUUCACUCUGGACUGGGCACAGCGCUCCAAAAACCGAGAUAUCAGUCUGCUGAUUCUGUUCUCGUUCAGGUCGCUGAACUUGAUCAAAGAUGAGCAGUACAGUCUGCUCAUGCUGAUCCAUGUUUUCUAUCCAACAUUACAGAAGCUCACAGCAGAGAAGCUCGCUGUCUGCAAAGUUCUGUUCAUCUUUGACGGCCUGGAUGAAAGCAGACUUUCACUGGAUUUCAACAACAGUGAGGUCGUGUCUGAUGUCACACAGAAGUCAUCAGUCAGCGUGCUGUUGACAAACCUCAUCAAGGGGAAUCUGCUUCCCUUGGCUCUCAUCUGGAUAACUACCCGACCUGCAGCAGCCAAUCAGAUCCCUCUGACAUUUGUUGACAGGGUAACAGAAGUACGAGGCUUCACUGACGCCCAGAAGGAGGAGUACUUCAGGAGGAGAUUCAGUGAUGAAGAGCAGUCCAGCACAAUCAUCUCACACAUCAAGACAUGCAGGAGCCUCCACAUCAUGUGUUACAUUCCACUCUUCUGCUGGAUCAUUGCUACAGUUCUGGACCACAUGUUGACUCCAGACCAGAGAGGAGAGCUGCCCAAGACCCUGACUGACCUGUACUCACACUUCCUGCUGGUUCAGACAAAGAGGAAGAAGAACAAGUAUGAUGAGGGACAUGAGACGAGUCCACAGGAGCUGACGGAGGCUGACAGGAACCUUCUUCUGAAGCUGGGGAGGCUGGCGUUUGAACAACUGGAGAAAGGAAACAUCAUGUUCUACCAAGAAGACCUGGAGCAGUGUGGUCUUGAUGUCACAGAGGCCUCGGUGUUAUCAGGAGUUUGUACACAGAUCUUCAAAAUAGAGAGUGUGAUCUUCCAGAAAACAGUCUACAGCUUUGUUCAUCUGAGCGUUCAGGAGUUUCUGGCUGCAGUCUACAUGUACCACUGUUACACCAACUGGAAGACAGAGGUACUGGAGGACUUGCUGUGGAAAAAACACAGUUACUCAUCUCUGGACGACUUCCUGAAAGGAGUCAUGGAGAAAUCUCUCAGGAGUAAAAAUGGCCACCUGGACCUGUUUGUCCGCUUCCUUCAUGGCCUCUCUCUGGAGUCCAACCAGAGUCUCUUAGGAGGCCUGCUGGAUCCGACAGACAACAGUCCAGAAACCAUCCAGAGAGUCAUCAACAACCUGAAGAAGAUGAACAGUGACUUUGAUGAUGAUGAUGAUGAUGAUGAUGAUGAUGAGGAGGAGGAGGAGGAGGAGGAGGAGGAGGAGGAGGAGGAGGAGAAGGAGAAGGAGAAGGAGGAGCACAUCUCUCCUGACAGAAGCAUCAACAUCUUCCACUGUCUGAUGGAGAUGAACGACCGCUCAGUACAUCAGGAGAUCCAAGAGUUUCUGAAGUCAGAGAACAGAUCAAAGAAGAAACUCUCUGUGAUCCACUGCUCAGCUCUGGCCUACAUGCUGCAGAUGUCAGAGGAGGUUCAGGAUGAGUUGGACCUGAAGAAGUACAACACAUCACAGGAGGGACGAUGGAGACUGAUCCCAGCUGUGAGGAACUGCAGAAAGGCUCAACUCUCUGGCUGUGAACUCUCAGAGACUCACGUUGAAGUUGUGACCUCAGCUCUGAAGUCCAACCCUCAUCUGACACAUCUGGACCUGAGUCAGAACAAGCUUCAGGAUUCAGGAGUGACGAUGUCUGCUGGACUGGAGAGUCCAAACUGUAGACUGGAGACUCUGAGAAUGAGGAACUGCAGUUUGUCAGAGAAAAGUUGUACUGCUGUGGUCUCAGCUCUGAAGUCCAACCCCUCCCAUCUGAUAGAGCUGGAGAUGAGUGAGAACAAAGAGCUGAAGGAUUCAGGAGUGAAGCAUCUGUCUGGUUUUCUGGAGAUUCCAGACUGCAGACUGGAGACUCUCGGAUUGAGUUCCUGCAGUUUGUCAGAGAACAGCUGUGAUUCUCUGGUCUCAGCUCUGAAGUCCAAAUCCUCCCAUCUGAGAGUGCUGGAUCUGGGCUACAAUGAAUUGCAGGAUUCAGGACUGAAGCGUCUGUCUGCUGGACUGGAGAGUCCAAACUGUAGACUGAAGACUCUGAGAUUGAAUCUCUGCAGUUUGUCAAAGGAAGGCUGUGAUUCUCUGGCCUCAGCUCUGAAGUCCAACCCCUCCCAUCUGAGAGAGCUGGAGCUGAGUAACAACAAGCUGCAGGAUUCAGGAGUGACAUUUCUGUUUGAUUUUCUGGAGAGUCCAGACUGCAGACUGGAGACUCUGAGAUUGUGGCGCUGCACUUUGACAAAAAUCAGCUGUGCUUAUCUGGCCUUAGCGCUGAAAUCCAACCCCUCCCAUCUCAGAGAGCUGGAUCUGAGUGAAAACAAGCUGCAGGAUUCAGGAGUGAAGCUGUUGCGUGAUUCUCUGAACAGUCCAGACUGCAGACUGGAGACUCUGAGGUUCUCUGAUUCUGAAGGUUCACUUGUCACAUGGUCUGGAUACCAGAAGAUGGUUGGUUGUGUGGAGGAAAAGAGCAAAUCAGAGUCUCCAGCAUCCACCUUUGAGUCCAAACAUCCUCCUCCAGACAUCAGUGAUGAAGCUGGACCCUCACACAUAAAGGAGGAGAACACACCAAACAGAGCUACACCUGAUGGACAUGAAGGAGAUGGCUCUAAUCUCUCAUCACAUCCGUCCACAUCCAACACAACCCUCAAUGUGUCUGAGGACAGCAGAGACGAUCCAGAGAGGAUGAAGCUGCAGGUUGUGUGCAGAGAUAAUCUGACUGGGACAACUCACUGGCAGGGCUUCAGACCCAACAUGCUGACUGAGUCUGACAACAUUUCAUACAGGUUCAGCUGUCCUGGUCCAGGUGUGUUCAGGUGUAAUUCGACUGGACUCAUGUUUGUUAUGACUAAGGAGGCGGAGCUACAGUUCAGGACUGUCCAAUGGGAUGAGAGAGUCCUACAAUCAGCUGGUAAAACAGCUGCAGGGCCGCUGUUCAACAUCCAGUCCGGUCCUGAAGGUGCAGCCAGUCAGCUCCACCUGCCACACUGUGAAACCAUGGAUGGUCCUGGUCCAGCAGUGAUGCCAAGUGUCCCAGCAGUGAUGCCAAGUGUCCCAGCAGUGAUGCCAAGUGUCCCAGCAGUGAUGCCAAGUGUCCCAGCAGUGAUGCCAAGUGUCCCAGCAGUGAUGCCAAGUGUCCCAGCAGAAACUUCAAGUGUGCCAGCAGAUGAAAAGCUGUUGUCUGUUCGGACUCAGUUUAUUGAGAGAGUGUCUGAACCUAAUCUAGACCAGCUGCUGGGUAAAGUCCUGGACCAGAGGAUCAUAAAUGAUGGUGAAAGGGAGUUUGCUGGAAACCUGAACAGAGCAAAGAAAGCAGAAGCAUUGAUCGACAUGGUGCGAAAAAAAGGAGCAGAAGCCAGUUCAGCUCUGAUCACUGCUCUCUGUGAGGUGGAUCCAUUUCUGUCAAAACUGCUGAACCUACAAAAAAAGAGGAAAACAGACCGAAUAAAACAGCGUGAACAGACUGAAGUCCACAACAUGGGUGAUUGUGUGGAGGAAGAGGAGGACAGAUCUGAUAUAGAAUCUGGCUAUCAGACUAUGGACAGUGACCGAACCAAAGAAAACCCUCCAGACACCACAGGUCAGCACCACAAGAAGAGAGCAGAUUUACUAUCCAGUUGUCCUUCUGUGAAGAGUGAUUGGUCCAGAGAAUCCCCUCCACACUUCAGUAAUGAACCUGGACCCUCAGACUCAAAAGGUCAGCACCACAAGAAGAGAGCAGAUGGACUAUCCAGUUGUCCUUCUGUGAAGAGUGAUUGGUCUAAAGAAUCCCCUCCACACUUCAGUAAUGAACCUGGACCCUCAGACUCAAAAGGUCAGCACCACAAGGAGAGAGCAGAUGGACUAUCCAGUUGUCCUUCUGUGAAGAGUGAUUGGUCUAAAGAAUCCCCUCCACACUUCAGUAAUGAACCUGGACCCUCAGACUCAAAAGGUCAGCACCACAAGGAGAGAGCAGAUUCUUUACCACCCAGUUGUCUUUCUGUGAAGAGUGAUGUCUCUAAAGAAGAGCCUCCAUUCUUCAGUAAUGAACCUGGACCCUCAGACUCAAAGACUCAGGAGCAGCCGUCCUGCUGUUCUUUGUGUCAGGACGUCCUGAAGGAUCCAGUCUCUACCAGCUGUGGACACUGGUUCUGCAGACAGUGCAUCACCUCAUACUGGGACCAUUCUGCUUCAUCAGGAGACUCCUCCUGUCCCCAGUGUAGAAAAAGAUCCAGAACCAGACCUGGACUACAGACAGACAGCCAAACCAGCACUGUACAAAAAAGUGGUCUGCAGGAGCUUUUAGAUGACCAUAAGAUUGUUCUGACAAGCAGUUGUCAACAAGUGGCUCAGGGAACUGAUGAAGCAGGAAGUAAAACCUUCCUCAUCAGCAUCUUCACUGAGGUGUACAUCACAGAGGGACAGAGUGAAGAGGUUAAUACCCAACAUGAGGUGUGGCAGCUUGAAACAGCUUCCAAGAUGGAGACCCUCCAUGACGCUCCAAUCAAGUGUCAGGACAUCUUUAAAGUCUUACCUGACCAACAGAAACACAUCAGAGUGGUUCUGAUGAACGGCGUCGCUGGCGUUGGAAAAACCUUCUCAGUGCUGAAGUUCACUCUGGACUGGGCACAGCGCUCCAACAACCAAGAUAUCAGUCUGCUGAUUCUGUUCUCGUUCAGGGCGCUGAACUUGAUCAAAGAUGAGCAGUACAGUCUGCUCAUGCUGAUCCAUGUUUUCUAUCCAACAUUACAGAAGCUCACAGCAGAGAAGCUCGCUGUCUGUAAAGUUCUGUUCAUCUUUGACGGCCUGGAUGAAAGCAGACUUUCACUUGAUUUCAACAACAGUGAGGUCGUGCCUGAUGUCACACAGAAGUCAUCAGUCAGCGUGCUGUUGACAAACCUCAUCAAGGGGAAGCUGCUUCCCUCGGCUCUCGUCUGGAUAACUUCCAGACCUGCAGCAGCCAAUCAGAUCCCUCCUUCAUGUGUGGACAGGGUAACAGAAGUACGAGGCUUCACUGACGCCCAGAAGGAGGAGUACUUCAGGAGGAGAUUCAGUGAUGAAGAGCAGUCCAGCAGAAUCAUCUCACACAUCAAGACAUCCAGGAGCCUCCACAUCAUGUGUCACAUCCCAGUCUUCUGCUGGAUCACUGUUACAGUUCUGGACCACAUGUUGACUACAGACCAGAGAGGAGAGCUGCCCAAGACCCUGACUGACAUGUACUCACACUUCCUGGUGGUUCAGACAAAGAGGAAGAAGAACAAGUAUGAUGAGGGACAUGAGACGAGUCCACAGGAGCUGACGGAGGCUGACAGGAACCUUCUUCUGAAGCUGGGGAGGCUGGCGUUUGAACAGCUGGAGAAAGGAAACAUCAUGUUCUACCAAGAAGACCUGGAGCAGUGUGGUCUUGAUGUCACAGAGGCCUCGGUGUUAUCAGGAGUUUGUACACAGAUCUUCAAAAGAGAGAGUGUGAUCUUCCAGAAAACAGUCUACAGCUUUGUUCAUCUGAGCGUUCAGGAGUUUCUGGCUGCAGUCUACAUGUACCACUGUUACACCAGCAGGAAGACAGAGGUACUGGAGGACCUCCUGGGAAAAGAGUACAAACUCAAGGGAUCAAAACCAAAGUCUCGCUUUGACAGGACUUAUCUCAGAAACAAAGAUACCCAUGACCCAUCUCUGGAAGACUUCCUGAUGGGAGCCAUGCAGAAAUCUCUCAGAAGUAAAAUUGGCCACCUGGACCUGUUUGUCCGCUUCCUUCAUGGCCUCUCUCUGGAGUCCAACCAGAGUCUCUUAGGAGGCCUGCUGGGUCAGACAGACAACCGUCCAGAAACCAUCCAGAGAGUCAUCGACAACCUUAAGAAGAUGAGCAUGUACGACAUCUCUCCUGACAGAAGCAUCAACAUCUUCCACUGUCUGAUGGAGAUGAACGACCGCUCAGUACAUCAGGAGAUCCAAGAGUUCCUGAAGUCAGAGAACAGACCAGAGAAGAAACUCUCUGAUAUCCACUGCUCAGCUCUGGCCUACAUGCUGCAGAUGUCAGAGGAGGUUCUGGAUGAGUUGGACCUGGAGAAGUACAACACAUCAGAGGAGGGACGACAGAGACUGAUCCCAGCUGUGAGGAACUGCAGAAAGGCUGUACUGUCUCGCCGUGGACUCUCAGACAUUCACUGCGAAGUUGUGGCUUCAGCUCUAAAAUCCAACCCCUCCCAUCUGGUAGAGCUGGAUCUGAGUCAAAACCUCCUGCAGGAUUCAGGAGUGAAGCCGCUGUCUGCUGGACUGGAGAGUUCACAUUGUAGGCUGGAGACUCUGAGAUUGAGUCGAUGCGGUUUGUCAGAGACCAGCUGUGCUGCUCUGGUAUCAGCUCUGAAGUCCAACCCCUCCCAUCUCAGAGAGCUGGAUCUGAGCUACAACAAGCUGCAGGAUUCAGGACUGAAGCUGCUGUCUAAUUAUGUGUCAAACCCACUCUGUGAACUGAAGACUCUGAGAUUAAGUGGGUGCAGUUUGUCAGAGAUCAGCUGUGCGUCUCUGGUCCCAGCUCUGAAGUCCAACUCCUCCCAUCUGAGAGAGCUGGAUCUGAGUGAAAACAAAGAGCUGCAGGAUUCAGGAGUGAAGCUGCUGUGUGGUUUUCUGGAGAAUCCAGACUGUAAACUGGACAGUCUGGGAUUAAAGGACUGCAGUUUGUCAAAGAUCAGCUGUGAUUAUCUGGCCUCAGCUCUGAAGUCCAACUCCUCCCAUCUCAGAGAGCUGGAUCUGAGUGGAAACAAGCUGCGGGUAUCAAGAAUGAAGCCUCUGCAGGAUCUUCUGGAGAGUCCAGACUGUAAACUGGAGGCUCUGAGGCUCUCUGAUUCUGACGGUUCACCUGUCACAUUGACUGGAAACCAGAAGAACCAGAACAAACCUGAGUCUCCAGCACCUACCUGUGAGUCCAAACAUCCUCCUCCAGACAUCAGAGAUGAAACUGGACCCUCACACAUAAAGGAGGAGAACACACCAAACAGAGGUACACCUGAUGGACAUGAAGGAGAUGGCUCUCAUCUCUCAUCACAUCCGUCCACAUCCAACACAACCCUCAAUGAGUCUGAGGACAGCAGAGACGAUCCAGAGAGGAUGAAUCAGCAACCGGCGUGCAGAGAGAAUCUGACUGGAACAACUCACUGGCAGGGCUUCAGACCCAACAUGCUGACUGAGUCUGCAAACAUUUCAUACAGGUUCAGCUGUCCUGGUCCAGGUGUGUUCAGGUGUAAUUCGACUGGACUCAUGUUUGUUAUGACUAAGGAGGCGGAGCUACAGUACAGGACUGUCCAAUGGGAUGAGAGAGUCCUACAAUCAGCUGGUAAAACAGCUGCAGGGCCGCUGUUCAACAUCCAGUCCGGUCCUGAAGGUGCUGUCAGUCAGCUCCACCUGCCACACUGUGAAACCAUGGAUGCUCCGCUCCCUGAAGGUCUGCUGUCUGUCGUCCACAUCGCUGAUGAUGGAAUGAGCAUUCUGAAGCCGCUGCACAUUACAGACACUCAUGUGGUUGUGAACGUCCCUCACCUCUCUGCCUUUGGCCUGGUCUGGGAUCUGGUUACAUUAUGGAAAAAACCAAAACCAAUCAGUGGCCAAGUUCUGCUGUUCCUCCGACCUCCACACACACAGCACCGAGUCCUGGAUGUGUUUCUGCUGCAGGACAACAUUCCUUUGACUGAGGUUGCUGCCCAACAAGGAGAAGCAGAGAACAUCAGGAUCUCUUGUGACUGUGAGCUCAGCAUUGGUCAAAGUUACAGUGUUCACUGUGAACCUGAAGCCUCCAUCAUCCAGCCGGAGCGUACAUCAUUUCGCACAAAAUGUGGACCAAACUUCUUCCCAACAUUUGAGGUUUUCAUCACUACAAACCAAGAGCAAGUGACUUUGAUGGUCCAAGACCAAGAGAGGAAAGAGGUGUGGAAACGUGUCAUGAGUCUGACAGGUCCAAGGGAAAAUCUACAAAGGAGUCUCUCAGCAGGGGGCGUCAUCCCAGCGGAGGAGAGGCUGCGAUUGGUCCGGAGACCGUUUAUCAGUGGAGUGACUGAAACUAUUCUAGACCAGCUUCUGGAUAAACUUCUUGAGUGUGAAGUUAUGAGUUAUGAUGAAAUGCAGUCAGCCAGAACAAAAACAGGAGCAAACAGAGCUCGAGACGUGAUCGACUCGGUGCGGAGAAAAGGAAGUGAAGCCAGCUCCCAUCUGAUCGAUGCGCUCUGUGAGGUGGAUCCAUACCUGUCCAGACGGCUCAACUUCAUCUGCUGAUGAACCUGUUCAACAGCGUCAGGAUCGUUACUGUGAAGUUGUUGAAGGAUGUUACUGUUACUUUUACUACUAUUUAUAAGUGGACUUUCACUCAGGUUUGGAAAAAGAUCCAUACAAACAAUACUUGGACUACAGGAAGAUGGAUUUCAAGCUGAGAAGCCGUGUCUGCAAAAAUGAACUAAAACAGAUGCUGUUGCUGUUAAAUGAGACCAAACAUACUUUUCUGUGAGUGCAGCCACUGGUCUUAACCAAAAACUGUUGGUAAAAGUACAAUCAGACCUUUUUCUAAAUAAAUGUAAAAGUCUUAACUGAACAGUUUCCUGUCGUUCUCCAACAGUGAGAACCAUCGCUUCUCUAGAACUGUUGUAAGAAGGUACAUCGUGUAUUUACCUCACAGUUAUUUGACAUGUAGAGUUAACUUCUUACAUCAGCUGUUCAUCACUCCAUUUACAUUACACCAAAAAAAAGUCAAAUCUCUCACCUCUUUGCUUCAGACGUGGCUCAGAGGAAGGGAAAUUCCUAUUUCUUUCACCUAAAUAUACAUUUGUUUGACUGAAUGUUUGCAGUAUUUUGUCACAUAUGGACCUAAUGUCCCAGUGGAGCCUCAAACCUCACACCAGCUUCAGUCUCGGUCAACAUGGUUAAUGUUGUUAAGAUCACAGAAAUCUUAUCAACUAUUGCCUAAAAUGGAUAUCAGACAGUUUUUGGUUGGUGUGGAUUAAAGAAAUCAAUUAGUCCAUACAACUACAAAAAUCACAUAAUGUUUGAGAAACAAGAGUUAAUCCUUUCAUGAUACACAGCAGCUCAACCAGACUGACUGUAUACAUUACAAUUGUUAGAGUUGGGUUUUUUAUGUUACAAUUAAACGGUUUUCCUCUAUCUUACAUGCAUUUAUUCAUACGUUUGUACAUAUGGUUCUACAUGACAUGGUAAAUUGGAAAAAGCUAAAUAAAAAUGUUUCUUUAAAAAAG